AUGGCUCAUGCUUGUAUGUCAUCAUAUAAUACGUCUUUAUGGAAAAUGAAUCGCUCUCAUUGUCCGGCAUAUUUUGAUCGAAUAUCCUGUUGGCCACCAACAGAGACUGGUAUUCGUCGUAUUAUACCAUGUCCUGUAAAUAUAUUCCCAACGGCUGGUGAAAAUGUGUAUGCUUCGCUUUUAUGUAAAAAUGAAUCUCGAUGGGAGGAGAAAAGUCACUAUGAACUAUGCAUUGGUUGUACAAUAAUAGAUCCAUUGGAUGGAAAUGGAACAAAUCUGUUUUUGAUACCUGAAAGUUUUCUCGUCACUCGAAAAUAUUUUAUUAUUUGUGCCAAUGGUCUUUCAGUUAUUUUUUUGAUUAUUGGUAUUUUUAUUCUACUUGGUAAUAGUCGUCUUCGACAAUACUCAAGAAAUAUUCUUCAUGUUAACAUUUUUCUUGUUUUUCUCAUUCGAUCGAUCCUUCAACUUAUUGCUGAAAUUUUCAUGGAUAAAGGCUAUUUCACUCAUAAUGUAUUUCAACGAACUGAUAUAUGUAAUCGAACUACAAUCUACUUUAAAAAUCAUUUAGUCGAUUGUAAAUUAUUUGUUGUCUGUAUCAAUUACAUUAGUAGUAGCGUCGUACAUUGGUUUGUGUUUUGCGAAGCUUUAUAUCUGUAUCGUUUACUGCGAGCAAAGGCGAGCAAGGAUCAAGUUAGAUGGUAUAUAAUAACAGGAUGGUUAGCACCACUUUGUCUAACAAUAGCAACGUUUACAACACGUUUUCUAUUAAAAAAAGAUUUGCAUAGUUGUUGGUUUGAACCAUCAAUUUAUGAUUGGAUCCUUCAUGGACCAAAUGUAAUUCUUCAAAUAUUAAACUUUCUUAUUUUUGCUUAUGUAUGCAUAUUGCUUGUUCGAAAACUAAAUAGAACUUAUCAGACGGCAACUUUUCCUGAGCAUAGACGGUUCGCUAAAUAUAGUCGUUUAACACGCUCCACAUUAAUCUUGUUACCUUUAUUUGGUGUUCAUUAUUUUCUAUUCUUGUGGAAUACAAAACCACUACUAAUAUCGAAUGUAAUUCUCAUUCAUCUUACUGUGCAUACAAUAUCGUCAUCAUUGCAAGGCUCGAUGGUUGCAUUAAUUUAUACAGUAGUUAAUUGUGAAGUUCAGCGUGAAAUACUUCGUAGUAUAGAUCGUUGUCUAAUGCGCCAUUGUUCAUCGUGGGAGCAACCAAAUUUCUUUCGUAAUUAUAUUAAUAAAUUAGAAAAUGCACGUUUGUUUUCUAUUGAUUAUCAAAAACAAGUAUUCAUCCCUAAUCUAUGUCGUUAUACGGAAACAAACGCUGUUAUAUAA